UCUGGCUCCAGUGUUUCCGGUGUGCUGGAUGUCUGGUAAAGAAGCGCGGUUACUGAAGAAAACACGGGUAGUGAACGACGCGACGGGACUAUUGUGUCCAAAUUAAGUAUCCCGCGUAUAUAUCAUACAACGGCGCAUACUUGGUUGUUUAUCCUCUCCAACCUACGACUUGCAGCCCUGUCGAGUCCGCCAUCCGUUUAGGGUUUCGCAAACAGAUCGUUAGCUUUAGCAGCGAGCUAGCUAAACGUUAGCUACGAUGUCGGGUGUAGUGCGAGGCCCUGCUGGGAACAACGACUGCCGAAUUUAUGUGGGAAAUCUCCCUCCUGAUAUUCGCACUAAAGAUGUGGAAGAUGUGUUUUACAAGUAUGGAACAAUUAGGGACAUCGACUUGAAAAACCGCAGAGGAGGACCGCCGUUCGCUUUCAUUGAAUUUGAGGAUCCCAGGGACGCAGAUGAUGCAGUCUAUGGACGCGAUGGCUACGACUACGACGGCUACAGACUGCGUGUGGAGUUUCCACGGAGCGGCAGAGGCUCCAGAGGCGGGUUUGGAGGGAUGAGUGGAGCUAUCAGAGGCAGAUAUGGACCACCAUCCAGGCGCUCCGAGUACAGAGUCGUUGUGUCAGGGCUCCCUCAGAGUGGCAGCUGGCAGGAUCUGAAGGACCACAUGCGAGAAGCAGGGGAUGUUUGCUACGCCGAUGUUUACAGAGACGGAACUGGAGUUGUAGAAUUUGUGCGCAAGGAAGACAUGACCUAUGCUGUUCGAAAGCUGGACAACACCAAAUUCCGCUCACAUGAGGGAGAGACUGCUUACAUUCGUGUGAAAUUAGACGGUCCCCGCAGCCCAAGUUACGGAAGAUCACGCUCCCGCAGCCGUGGCAGCCGGAGCAGAAGCCGCAGUCGCAGCGCCAGUCGCAGCCGCAGCAAUUCCAGAGGCCGUGGCAGAGGAUCGCCCCGCUACUCACCUCGUCACAGCCGCUCUCGCUCCCGUUCCUAAAUCUUUCUACCACUGAUGUGUUUCUCCUUUUGAUGUAUACCCUCCUGUUUUUACCUCUUAUUAGUUCUCCAGAUGUCAGCUGUUGAUUUUUAAUUUUCGCAUUUCAUGUCCUGAUGUCCUUGUGGAUGAUCUUGGUAUGUAGGUGUAUCCUUCUUUCACGUCCCACCCCACCUCAAACCCUCUUGAACUACUUGUCCUUUUUUUCCCUCCCACUCUCCCUUCUCUUUUCUGUCUUCUCAAUUUUUGGAACAGUAGAAAUUGUGCUGUGUUGAACUUCAAAAAUGUUGAGUAGUAAUAAGAUUCACUCAAUGUUUUUGCAAGUGUUAAAAAUUGAGUUUUGUUUGUUUUGUUUUGUUUUUUUUUUCACUUUUUGUUUUUCCUUUUUUUUUUUUUUAUUAUUAUUAUUAUUAUUAAGCCUCUCUCAUUGGAUAUCUGGGGUGGGCUGCUUCAAUGGGGAGCCCAAUGCUUAACUGUAUUUUACCCUUGUGUCUUCCUUUAGACAUCUGAAGAGAAGGAUUAAAGUGAUUUGGAAUAAAACCAUUGUGGAGCACAUUUCAUUUGUAUGGUCAGGAUAGGACAUCUAAUUGAGGAGCAAUCAGGUCGAGGCAAUGGUACGCUUCAUUCCAUAAAUUGAACGUUUUGAUAGGUUGUCAUAUGCAUGUCAUUUAAUGAAGCCAUAUGUGCUGUACUUGUUAUAUAAUACACUUUAACAUGCUACUCUGGCCUGUGACAGAAUAAGCAGUCCUAGAACAAGUGUUGUGAUGUAAGUGUAACAUCUUUGCUGUCAUAUGUAAAAAUCUGAAUCACCACUGUUGCAAAAACUGCCCACUUUUAACUUAAAUGUUCUCAUUGGUAAAAUGUUUUAUAACUUCAGGGAGUGACAGUUCUUGUGCUCUGGCAUUUAUUUCUUGAUCUGACAUGAGUGCUCAACAUGGAAAAUUAGGCCCAAAUUCUUGACAUUUUAUUCUAACGGUCUGCCUCUGAUUUUCUUCCUGGUAUUUCAAGGUUUUGAUUGGAGGAGUGGCUCAGUGGAUCCCAAUCCUUGGAGCUGGAUGAGUGGAUCGAUUAGGAAAGGGAUAGGCAAGGAUGGAUGCUCGGAGCGGGAUCAGUUUUCCAGGAUUCAAAUGAGUUGUUUUUGUUUUUGUUUUUUUUUUUGUUUCCAGAACUAAUUAUUGGAUUCCCAGAGCAACUCUUUCAGUAGCCCCCCCCCCCCUCCUGCCUAUCUUAAAGUUUUUCAGUGAUUAAAUGGCUUUAUUUUACAAGAAAACGAAACUGAGGACCAGGAAGUUGGAUCAAAGGAUGGAAUCGUAGAUGCCUGGUAUGAAGGAAUUAAAAUUGGGGUGGUUGGGAGGGGGGUUUAUUUGGGAGUAGUUUGUAUCCUUAUUUUGCUUAAUCUUUUUUUUUUCUCUUAGCUUUUUCAAUAAAACACUC